AGGACGUCGUGGUGCUAUCCUGAGCUAGGUUACAAUGAAUGUAACCUAUCACCUUGAACUUUUUCCUGAACAUAAAGUGACUUUACUUUUAUUCAAAGAUGUUAAAAAUGCAUCAGGACUAAGGAAGAAAGCAAUCGAUGGAACUAUUGAUGGAGCUUUACUGAAUCCUGCAAUGAUUGUGGAUCCACUCCAGGUUCUUGUUGCAGCAAACAAAGCUAUCCAUUUACACCUAAUGGGAAAAAUGAAAACAAGAAGUCUUAACUCUGAAAUUAUAUUUAAUUUAUCACCCACAAACAAUAUUUCGGAAGCUUUUAGAAAGUUUGGCCUGUCAGACAGUGAUUCUGGAGUUCUUGUUGUUUUGACUGACGAUGGGACUAAAGCCUUGAAUUCUCAAGAAAUAAUCUCUUAUGUGGAAGGCCAGCAAGUGCCUCUAGCAGAACUGUCACAACUAACAGACUUCACAAAAGUGAGAAAGAUGUAUAAAAUGAACACAGAAGAAGAUAAAAUUGGCUCUGUGCUGGAUGCUGUAAUCUGCAGAAUGGCAGUGAAAGAUGUAUUAUGAAGAAUAUAUACUGAAAAAACUCCAGACAACUCUUGGGAAUGUUCACUUGUAUUUUAUACAUUGGUAUUAUGCCUUGUACAGUUACAUUUAGUGUCUUCUAUUUUUGCUUUUAGAAAUAAAAUGACUAAAAUUCUAUGUUCUAAUGAUUUGGUAAAAGUGUUGUGUUAAUGAUAAU